CCAAACCCGUCCGUCUCUCAUCAGCCCGGAGGAGAGGGAGCCAGCCCCGUCCGUCCCUCCACGGCUCAUCUCCUCUCAGUCCACACAAAAAUCGGAUGGUGAAGCAGCAGUAGCAGCAGCCGGAGAAAGCAGUUCCAGUUCCCCUCCCCAGCAGCCGGAGAAAGCAGUUCCAUCUCCCUCUCUCUCUCUCUCCCCGGUCCGUCAUUACCAAGAGGGCAGGAAGGAAGAUGGGCUCGUUGGAGGCUACGAGGGUGGAGCUGGGCCUGGCGGUGCUGUACCUGAACAAGGCGGAGGCUCGGGACAAGAUCUGCAGGGCCAUCCAGUACGGCUCCAAGUUCAUCAGCAACGGCCAGCCAGGCACCGCGCAGAACGUCGACAAGUCCACCACCUUGGCUCGCAAGGUCUUCAGGCUCCUCAAGUGGGUGAACGAUCUUCAUGCUCUCAUCAGCCCAGCCGCCAAAGGCACCCCUCUCACACUGGUCCUGCUUGGGAAGUCCAAGAAUGCUCUGCUGUCGACCUUCUUGUUCCUGGACCAGUUCGUGUGGCUAGGGAGAUCGGGGAUUUACCAGAACAAGGAGCGCACGGACCGCAUCGCCAGGAUAUCCCUCUACUGCUGGAUGGCCUCCUCCGUCUGUGCAAGCCUAGUUGAGCUUGGUGAGCUCAAGAGGCUAUCCAAGGCGAUGAGGAAGCGCGCCAAGGAGCUCAGGGGCGCUGACAAAUACGAGGACGAGCAGUACCUGGGGAAGAUGAAGCAGUCGGACGACCGGCUGCUGGCGCUGGUGAAGGCGGGCAUGGACGUGGUGGUGGCCGUGGGGCUGCUGCAGCUGGCGCCCAAGAAGGUCACCCCAAGGGUCACCGGGGCCUUCGGAUUCGUCACCUCCCUCAUCUCCUGCUACCAGCAACUCCCGGCCCGUGCCCCUUUGGCCAAAGUCAAGGCGUGAGGAACGGACGCUGCACCACUCUGCCCUUCACUUCACGUGCAUGGAAUCUCAGAUGUUAUUAUGCGUAAAGCACGUAGCAGUAUAGAAUGAUGAUGAUGUGGAUCCUCUGUACGUACGGUUUUUAUACAUAUAUGUACACGGUAUGUUAUGGGAA